CCUCUCGCCGCUCCCCUCUCCUCCGUCAGGAUCCGAUUUUGUUUGAAAGAUUUUCCCCUCAGUUUUGCGGUGGCUUGGGUCACCCUCGAGUGUUUUUUUUUUUUUCCCUCUCUUUCGUUUUGUUUUCAUCUUGUUUCCUCGGGGUGGCCCCCCCCACUCUUGUUUGUGUUGUGUGUGGAAAUGGCGAACUCGGCAAAUACAAACACCGUGCCUAAAUUAUACAGAUCUGUGAUCGAAGAUGUUAUUAAUGAUGUGAGAGACAUCUUUUUGGAUGAUGGAGUCGAUGAACAAGUUCUGAUGGAACUAAAAACUUUAUGGGAGAAUAAACUAAUGCAGUCUAGGGCGGUAGAUGGAUUUCAUUCAGAAGAGCAGCAGCUUUUAUUGCAAGUUCAACAGCAACAUCAACCCCAGCAGCAGCAGCAUCAUCACCAUCACCACCAUCAGCAAGCUCAGCCUCAGCAGACAGUGCCUCAGCAAGCACAGGCCCAGCAGGUCCUUAUUCCUGCUUCACAGCAAGCUGCAGCACCACAAGUUAUUGUUCCUGAUUCUAAGCUGAUACAACAUAUGAAUGCAUCAAACAUGACUAGUGCUGCUGCUACAGCUGCAACCUUGGCACUCCCUGCUGGUGUGACUCCUGUUCAACAGAUAUUAACAAAUUCAGGCCAGCUUCUACAAGUGGUCAGAGCAGCCAAUGGUGCCCAGUAUAUCUUUCAGCCUCAGCAGUCAGUGGUUCUGCAGCAACAGGUUAUACCACAAAUGCAGCCUGGUGGAGUACAAGCUCCUGUUAUACAGCAGGUCUUGGCCCCUCUUCCUGGAGGGAUUUCACCACAAACAGGUGUCAUCAUCCAGCCUCAGCAAAUCUUAUUUACAGGAAAUAAGACUCAAGUUAUACCUACAACAGUGGCAGCACCUACACCAGCACAAGCGCAGAUAACUGCCACUGGCCAGCAGCAGCCACAGGCCCAGCCUGCUCAACAGCAGGCUCCGUUGGUGUUGCAAGUUGAUGGAACUGGGGAUACGUCAUCUGAAGAAGAUGAAGAUGAAGAAGAAGACUACGAUGAUGAUGAGGAGGAAGACAAAGAGAAAGAUGGAGCUGAAGAUGGGCAAGUAGAAGAGGAACCCCUCAAUAGUGAAGAUGAUGUGAGUGAUGAGGAAGGUCAGGAACUCUUUGAUACAGAAAAUGUUGUUGUGUGCCAGUAUGAUAAGAUACACAGAAGUAAAAACAAAUGGAAAUUUCAUCUCAAGGAUGGCAUUAUGAAUCUUAAUGGAAGAGAUUAUAUAUUUUCCAAAGCCAUUGGAGAUGCAGAAUGGUGAAAAGAGUUGGUUCUUUUUCUUUUAUAAAUAAAACAAAAGAAACUUAAAAAAAAAUUUAAAGUGGACAGUUUGAAACUUGGGACAUAUACCAACCAAAACUUAACUUCUGCAUGUCAGAAAAGUGCAGUAGAAACAGAGCUACUGGAACAAAGAGACCUUGACAACACAGACA